ACAAUGACAGUGACGUACUCUCGUAGAGUUGCUGAUGCAGGUUUGGGGACUUUCUUUCACCUUCUUCUGCGAUGGAAGGGCAGCAUCUACAAACUGCUCUACAGAGAGUUCAUCAUCUUCACGCUGCUCUACUACAUCCUCAGUGUUGUUUAUAGACUUGUGUUAAACAGUGACCAGAAGAGGCUGUUUGAGAAACUGUCGAUAUAUUGUGACCGCUACGCAGAGCUCAUUCCUGUGUCGUUUGUGCUAGGUUUUUAUGUGACCCUGGUUGUGUCUCGAUGGUGGGGUCAGUUUGAGAAUGUACCCUGGCCGGAUCGUUUGGCGGUGUUGGUGGCAGGCCACGUUCGUGGAACUGAUGAGGCCGCAAGGCUGACCCGAAGAACUCUGAUGCGCUACGUCAACCUCUCUGGUGUACUUAUCUACCGCUCUGUAAGCACAGCUGUCUACAAGAGGUUUCCCACCAUGGAGCAUCUGGUCCAGGCAGGUUUGAUGACCUCGGAAGAGCUGAGACAUCUAGAGGAUCUUCCCUCCCCGCAUAAUAAGUUCUGGGUGCCCUGCGUGUGGUUUGUCAACCUGGCUCUGAGAGCUCGGACCGAGGGGCGCAUCAACAACGACGUGGCACUCACGGCCAUUCUCGCUGAGUUGAACAGUCUACGGGAGAAGUGUAUGAAGCUGUACGGUUAUGACUGGAUCAGCCUGCCUCUCGUCUAUACUCAGGUGGUAACAGUUGCAGUCUACAGCUUCUUCUUGGCUUGUCUGAUUGGUCGUCAGUUCUUGGAUCCAACUCAGGGUUAUCCUGGUCAUGAUGUAGAGUUCUACCUACCAAUUUUCACACUGCUGCAGUUUUUCUUCUAUGUUGGUUGGCUUAAGGUGGCUGAGCAACUUAUAAACCCUUUUGGUGAGGAUGAUGAUGACUUUGAAACCAAUUGGCUGGUGGAUCGCAACUUGCAGGUGUCGUUGCUGUCUGUGGAUGAAAUGUAUGACAGCCUGCCACUGAUUGAGAAGGACAUGUACUGGAAUGAGUUGGAACCAGAGCCUCCCUACACUCCUGCCAGUGCUGAACAUCGUAAGCCAUCCUUCAUGGGCUCGGCACUGGAUAUCAGCAUUCCCAAGGAGGAGAUGGAGUUUCAGUCCAACCUGGAGCAGAUCAAAGAAAACGAAGAGGCCAACUAUUCCACCCCGCUGCUUGGAGGGUUGGGUCGUCUCUUAGGUGUCCAGUCCCCUAACUUCUCUCGCUCGUCCAGGGUUGCUUUGCUGCGCCGCCGCCCUGGGGCCCCAUUAAGUCGCUUCCCUCUUUACUUGCAUCCCGGAGCACCGAUCGCUUCAAAUCAAACUUGCCAGCCUUUAAACCAAGAGCAAGAUCCAGACUAUUCCUUCUCUACAAUGCCCUUGUAUGAGAGACCAGGAUUUUACAGCUGCCCACAAACACCCAUCCACAGUGUGCCCCCUACGUUGCCUCGCCCUCGAAACACCCGGAGAACCCAAUCUGAAUGGGCUCGCAGCUGUAGCUCUAUGGCCCCUCAAAUGGUGGGCUCACAGUUGUUGCCUCCUAACACUCCUAACCUUCCACCUCCACCAUCUUCAGCAUUACCCUGGGUGAGUGGGAACAGCGAGAUGCAGAGUGGUCUGGCAUUCUCCUUCCCCGACCCACCACAACUUUGUCCAAUAUCUAAACUCAGACCAGGACACGGCCUCCUGUCUCGCCGCCCUCCUCACCUUCGCCUAACGUUGGAAGCCACACCCUCAGCGGAUGGUCAGCCUGGACCCCCCAGUGCUCAGGCCAACGGAAGCGGAGGUGAAAGAGUGUUCUCAUUUACUGCCCCCUCUCACACAGUGGUACUAAACCCCAGUAAUCCCAACAGCAGCUCCAGUAGCAUUAAUGCAACAAGCACCAACAGUGCUGGCACAACAGGAAGUCUCUGUAAUGGAAUAAACCACAGUAAUUUCAGUAACCAUGGGAACUUCAGCUCAAAUACAUGGGUAAGCAAUGGGGAAACAAAUGGCGGGCUAAGCAACAACACAAUUUCCACGUCAUCACAGACGCAGCAAGAAACCAAUCUGGAAAAUUCAUCCAAUGAUUCAGGGAUCUCAUUGGUUGAAGGGAACUUGCUGGAUGUUCUGGUGGACAGUGGGGUGAAGAACUUUGCAGGAGAAAGAAUGCAGGAUUGAGAAAAAAAA